AUGUCACAAAAACAAACUCAAUUUAUGAUACUUCCAAACGAAAUUAUAUGCAAUAUAUUCGAUUUCUUAAAAACUUCUGAUAUUCUUCGAGCGUUUGCUCAACUUAAUUAUCGAUAUGAUGAUCUUAUUCGAUUUCAUAUAAAACGAAUUGAUCUUACUGAUGAUUGGGAAGGUGAUCUACAAGACUUUAAAUGGAUCUGUUGCUCGAUUCAAACACUCAAAGUUAAUCAAUACUACGUUCACUGGUUACAUGAUCUAGAUCAUAAGAAAAAUUUAUCUCAACGCCACCAAAAAUCGUCAUUUUAG